GUGACGUUGCGCGCGUCCUUCCUCCGUGUCUCCAUAAAACGUGCCUGACGCAUUGAGCGAUUGUGCACAGAGGGAGGAGAAACAUUCCAAAGGACGCAUGAAAGCACUGAUUGAUUUGACUCUGUGGUCACCGCCACACACACACAUACACACACCAGUUAAAAACUUAAACGCCACUCACUGACUGUUUGCCUCCGAUUCCGUUUCAUUUGUGCGGCUGUUUGUGAGAGAGCACCUGCCUGGAGGAUACAGCGGCACAUCCUGCUCCACAGUGCGGAUCUGGCGCAGGGCUGCGCAGGAGAGCUCCCCUGCGGAACGCGUCAUGGGAUACGCGAGAAUCUCCGCUGCAUUUUUCGUGCACACCUGAGGACUUUGUGGGUUCAAAUCGCGUCUUUUUUCAAAGACACUGAAAGAACUCUGUAGAGUUAAGUUGAAACUUUAUUCUUCUUCUUCUUUUUGGAAUAUAAGGCUGCUGACUCGGACUCUUGUUUCUCACGCACGGUUGGGAUUUCGGUGAAGAGCUGCGGGGCGGCACGAUGGUCCCAUCAAACUGCAUCAAACUGGUUCUUGUCAUCUUAUAUUGUUCAUCACUCACAAAUGGACAUGUGCAAACGAUGAACUCGUCCACUCCUAUCAUACUGCCCCCUGGAACUCACGUUCUUCAUACUGGGGGUUUGCUCACCCUCACAUGCAGAGGUUCUGCCCAGCUGCACUGGACACUUGCCAACCCCAGCAGAUCUGUCUCAUCAAAAGGGGUGACAGUGGAGACGUGCGGGGCAGCAGUCCAUUCUCACUGCAGCACACUGACAGUGACACACUUGAGUGCCAGCGACACGGGCAGUUACAGCUGUGGAUACGCCCGUGUAGGUGCCGACCCCAAAGCCACAGCCUACGUCUAUGUCAAAGAUCCGCUGCAUCCAUUUGUGAAGCUACAUGAUCUUGUGCCUUACGUCUUGGGCAUAUACAGACGUGAGAGGAGCCUGGUGGUCCCAUGCAGGACGACGUCUCCCGAUACUGUUGUAAAACUGGCAGGGGUCCCUUCUUUGUCUGAGGAGGUUAUUAAGGAAAUGGAAUGGGAUCCUCAGGUGGGCUUCACGAUUCCUUACGGCGCCUACACAAUGUACCAUCUCCUCACCUGUAUCGCCAAAGUCCACAACCAUGAGGUUAAAUCCAUGUACAUCCCUAAGAGACAGACUGAUUUUCUUAAUUAUACAAAAAUCACCCCAGCGAGUGUCAAACUGUUAGUGGGACAAACGCUUUUUCUCAACUGUACUGCCGGAACCACCUAUAAUGGAAGGAUCAACUUUACUUGGGAAUUACCCAAGAAAUCUGACAAUCAGAAUAUUUUCAUGAACAAGGGCAUUAUCUACGUAGCUGAGAAUAUGGAACUGAGCAAGUCUAUCAUGGUGGAAAAUGUCACCAUAGAUGAUCAGGGAAUUUACCGCUGUAUAGCUGAGAUUGAACAUCUGAAGCAGAAAAAGGCAGAGGCUGAAGUCAUUAUCUACGAGCAUCCGUUCAUCAAUGUUUCCUACAAAAAUAAGAGGUCUCGAUUGGUGACUGUGAAUGAAGGUAGAAGAAAGGUUGUGUUUGAGCCCAAAGUCGACGCUUUGCCACCACCAAACAUAACAUGGUAUAAGGAUGGUGUUCCCAUCAAGAUCAAUUCCUCGUGUUACCUGAUGUCUGGCUACAGCUUGACCAUCACUGAUGUGCAACAACAGAAUGCUGGAGUCUUCACCAUCAGCCUGUGCAACCAAGUGAAGGGCCUGCACAGGAGUCUGAACUAUACCCUGGAAGUCAGGGUGAAGCCAACUAUUUCAGAGGUGGAGCUCCCCUCUUUGCAGCCCUAUGCGUUUGGCAAGCAGCAUCAUCUGACCUGCACCGCUUACGGGUUCCCGUUGCCAAGCAUCACCUGGUUCUGGCAGCCGUGCCGCUUAGAACCUUUGGAUAAAGAUUGCACUGUUUACACAGAGCCCAUCUUGGUUCAGACUGGUAACUGGAGAAGUGACACCCACAACAGCAUUAACAGCAUGAGCAGCAAGACUGAACUGGUCAAAGGAAAGAAUAAGACUGUGAGCAGCCUGGUGGUGGGAGUGGCCAAUGUGUCAGGAGUCUAUUCCUGUGUAGCUCAAAACAGACUUGGUGACAGCGUAUUGAGAAUGCCUUUCUACAUAAAUGAUCACUCGGACAAAAUUACCAUCGAGCCUCAGACGGCCAUUGAGGGGGAGGAUGUAACUCUGACCUGCCGAGCGACUCGCUACCUCUACACAGAUUUACAGUGGCUGGAUUCCAAGAAUGAAACAAUCACUUCCAACGUGUCCAGUCUCCAACUGAGCCUCUACUCCAUUUUCCGUUCUCUACACCUGGGAAAUGUGUCACAUAGUCAUGCUGCUCGGUAUAAUUGCCAUGCGUGGAAUCACCAAAACAAGAUUGUACUGGAGACCUCUGAGCUUAAAGUGGAAUCACGAAAACACCCCUGGUUGAGACAAAAUCUGACAAGUCAGGAUGUCAACAGCAGCAGCACCUUAAAGCUGGAGUGCAUCGCUUUGGGAGUUCCCCAUCCCUCUGUCAAGUGGCUCAGAAAUGAUCUUCCAGUGCAAGAAGGCCCAGGUAUCACACUUGGACAGGAUGGGGUUCUAAUUAUUGAGAGGGUGAAGAAAGAAGAUGAGGGUUUGUACGAGUGUAUUGCCAGUAAUGUUGAGGGAACAGUUAAAUCCAGUGCUGUCAUCACUGUACUCGGAGACGAAGGGACGCCAAAUAUUGAGGUCAUCAUUCUAGUGUGUACUGGAGCUGCAGCCACCUUCCUCUGGCUCAUGCUUAUCCUCUUUAUCCGCAAGCUCAGGAAGCAGCCCGCUCACUAUAAAAUGGGGCCGUCCAUCAUCAUCGACCCCGAUGAAUGUCCUCUGGAGGAGCAGAACGAGCUUCUCCAGUACGACGGCAGUAAAUGGGAGUUUCCCCGCGACCGUCUGCAGCUGGGAAAAACUCUUGGCCAUGGAGCCUUUGGGAAAGUGGUGGAGGCUUCUGCCUUUGGAAUAGACAAACUCUCAACUUGCAAGACUGUCGCUGUAAAAAUGCUCAAAGGAGGUGCUACAACUAACGAGCGGAAGGCUCUGAUGUCAGAGUUAAAAAUUCUGAUCCACAUCGGACAUCACCUAAAUGUGGUUAACCUGCUUGGAGCUUGCACCAAACCUGGAGGCCCAUUGAUGAUGAUAGUAGAAUUCUGCAAGUACGGCAACUUGUCAAACUAUUUGAGAAGUAAGAGAGCUGACUUCAUUGUCUACAAGAACCAGGAUGGUAAAGUGGUGUCGUCAGGAUCAGGGUGCGAGCUGAGUGAACUGAUGAAGCGCCGCUUGGAGAGCGUGGCCAGCACCGGAAGCUCCGCCAGCUCCGGCUUCAUCGAAGAUAAGAGCUACUGCGACUCAGAGGAAGAGGAAGAAGAACCUGAAGAUUUAUAUAAGAGAGUUCUGACAUUGGAAGAUUUAAUUUGCUACAGUUUCCAGGUUGCUAAAGGCAUGGAGUUCUUGGCUUCCCGCAAGUGCAUCCACCGGGAUUUAGCCGCACGAAACAUCCUGCUUUCUGAAAACAACGUUGUUAAGAUCUGUGACUUUGGACUUGCCAGAGACAUCUACAAAGAUCCUGACUACGUGCGCAAAGGAGAUGCUAGACUGCCGCUGAAGUGGAUGGCACCUGAGGCCAUUGACAAGAUCUACACCACUCAGAGUGAUGUGUGGUCCUUUGGUAUUUUAAUGUGGGAGAUCUUCUCUCUGGGCGCCUCACCAUACCCCGGCCUCCAAAUUGAUGAGGAGUUUUGCUGCAGGCUGAAGGAGGGGAUGAGGAUGAGAGCCCCAGAAUACUCUUCCCCUGAAAUAUAUCAGACCAUGCUGGCCUGCUGGCAGGGGGAGCCACAGCAGAGGCCAAGCUUCACUGAGCUGGUAGAAAAGCUGGGAGACCUGCUUCAGGUCAGCGUUCAACAGGAGGGAAAGCACUAUAUACCCAUCAACACAGCCCUGCUGGCCAACAUAGGGGACCCGCCCACCUCGGUGCCAUCAGAGGACACACCCACACGGCGCAUCUCACACCGCAACUCAGGGAACACCUGGAACAUAAAGAUUCGUCCUGCAAGUGUGAAAACCUUUGAUGACGUUACGAUGGAGAAUGGGAUGAAUGAGAGUCACGAGGGUGGUCAGUCAGACAGCGGGAUGGGAUUGUCUUCUGAAGGCAUGAAGACCCUGAAGUGUUUGGAAUCACUGGCAGGCCGACCGCUCAGCAUCAUGGCUCUGGCGAUGAAGGCAGUGAGUAAGAGUAAGGAGUGUGUGCUGGCUGAGGCUGAGAAGGAGACAUACCCACCAGCAGUCUCCUCUCUGGACUUCAGUCUGGAGGAUUCGGCCCUGGACGUGGCCCUGGAGUGUCACAGCCCGCCGCCAGACUACAAUUAUGUGGUGCGCUACUCCACCCCGCCCGUGUAAGCUCCUGCAGAAUUGGACUAAUAGCCACAAAGCGCUUUGCUUUGUUCUCCUUUGCUUUGAUUCUUAUCUCUGGACUGUUCAGUAGCGAACACAAAUGCUUGAAACACAAACCUGAGCGGAGAAAGAUGCUCCGAACAGACUCUCUUUGCAUCGAUGCCACCGCAGCUUGCAAUCUGCAAAAAAAAAAAAAAAAAAAAAUCCAAUGUGCCUGCUGAGCAACAAAAGGAAAGCUGCAGACCACUUUUCACACUCGUGUAAAA